CCGAGAGGGCGGCGCCGAGCAGCGCAGAGCCCAGCGGCACCGGGACCAGCGGGGACCGGGACCGGGACACGAGCUGCAGCGGGACCGCAGGCAGCACGGCGAAGGCCACCAGCAUCCCCCAGCACCCCAGUUCCUCAUCCUCCCGCACCCUGGGGCAGCGCUGAAUGCCGGCAGCCAGACCAUGGAGGGCCCCGAGCGUGGGUACUCGGUACAAGCCACUGCCGCCAUUGCUGCCGCCAUCACCUUCCUGAUGCUCUUCACCAUCACCGGUAAUGCACUGGUGAUCAUGGCCGUGCUGAGCAGCCGCUCUCUGCGGGCACCCCAGAACCUCUUCUUGGUGUCCUUGGCGGCUGCCGACAUCUUGGUGGCCACCCUCAUCAUCCCCUUCUCCUUGGCCAAUGAGCUGCUAGGAUACUGGUACUUUGAGAAGACAUGGUGUGAGAUUUACCUGGCGUUGGACGUGCUCUUCUGCACCUCCUCCAUUGUCCACCUCUGUGCCAUCAGCCUGGACCGCUACUGGUCCGUCAGCCAUGCCAUUGAGUACAACGCCAAGCGGACACCACGGCGCAUCAAGUGCAGCAUCUUCAUUGUCUGGACCAUCGCUGCUGUCAUCUCCCUCCCACCCUUGGUCUACAAGGGGGAGAAGAAGACAACAGCAGAGGAACGACCACAGUGCAAGCUCAACGAGGAGGCCUGGUAUGUCCUCUCCUCCAGCGUUGGCUCCUUCUUCGCCCCGUGCCUCAUCAUGAUCCUUGUUUACCUGCGCAUCUACCUGAUCGCCAAACGUCGCCACCACUCCCAUCCCUCCACCACCAAACCACUGGGACCUAUGCCACCAAACACCACUCCCACCGCAGCCAGUGUGGAUCCCCCAGGGACCUCCCUGCCUGCAGACAGGACCUCACUGCUGAGCCCCGAGGAGCCCCCAGUGUCUCUCAGCACUGGGGCAGCGCUGUCCCCACAGCCCAGCAGACACCCCAAGGACACCUUGGCCACUGGGACGGGGCAGGUGGUGUUGGCCCAUCAGCCGCCAGUAUUGAACGCUUGGAGGAGGAAGACUCAGGUCAACCGGGAGAAACGUUUCACCUUUGUCUUGGCUGUGGUCGUUGGGGUCUUUGUCCUCUGCUGGUUCCCCUUCUUCUUUCUCUACAGUCUGGGCGCACUCUGUCCUCAGCGCUGCAAGGUCCCGAACAGCGUCUUCCAGUUCUUCUUCUGGAUUGGGUACUGCAACAGCUCCCUCAACCCUGUCAUCUACACCGUCUUCAACCAGGACUUCCGCAAGGCUUUCCGGCGCCUCCUCUGCCGCCAUCACCUUGCCCUGACACCGUGGUGAGGGGCUCUGUAUACCCCCUUCCUCCUCCUUCUCCUCCUCCUCCUGUGGUCACCACCCACGGAUUUGGUGAGGGUUGAAGCCCUCAAACAGAUGAUGGAUCCCUUCUUUGGGGAACAGGGACGGGGUGCCACCAUGUCCCCAAACUUGGUAGCAUCCUGGCCCCUCUUCCUCCCCCAGGGGCUUUUUACCAA